CUCUGUGUUGAAGGACAGAUCCUCCUCUCCUUGAUACCUUCAUCGUGUAGUAACCUUGUUGCUCUGUGUUGAAGGACAGAUCCUCCUCUCCUUGAUGCCUUCAUCAUGGAUAAAGCUCUUCUGGAUUACGAGGUUUCCAUCGACGCUGACUGUAAACUUGCAACAGUCGGGAAACCGUUUGCAAUCGAAGGUUAUGGUAUCGGUCUGCCUCAGAACUCUCCUCUGACCUCCAACAUCUCAGAGUUCAUCAGUAGAUAUAAGUCUGAAGGCUACAUGGAUCUGCUGCACGACAAGUGGUACAAAGUGGUUCCUUGUGGUAACCGAGUGUUCGCCGUCACUGAGGUCAGUCUCACAUAAGGACGCUCUGUUAUUAUUUAUUAUUAUCUCAGGGCUCUUUCUUCAGUUCUCUACUAUUUAUUAAAAAACAAAAUUAUAUGAAAUCUCUGCAAAAUAUAGUGAAAGUAAAAUCUAAAUAAUGGCAAAGGUGGCUGUGGGCGACUGUGGCUAAAUGGAGAGCAGGGCCGUCCUUCAAUCAGAGGAUCGG